AUGCAGCAGGGUGGCGUGACAGAGAGGGUGGCAGAACGAGAGGAAUACUGCGCGAAGGUGGAGGCCAAAUCUUCCGAAAAAGAAAUGGAAGAGUCGCAGGAUCGAGAGAGCGAAGUCCCAAGAGCAUCCCCGUAUCGCGAAGGAACAGGGACCCCGGCGGCGUGGUGGCAGGACCGGCGACGGGGGUUGGCGGAGGCAGACGCGUUCGCGGGGGUGGGUUUCGUACGGCCAAGGCAGUGGACGCGGACAGUCGCCUCGACGCUACCACCUCUCUCAGUUGCUCCUCGGUUUCCGGACUCUGCGGACAGGCAGAAAAUGCGCACCGCGGCCGUAUGUAUCGCCUUCGUCGUGACAUGCACGAGCGAAUCGUUUGUCGCGGCUAUACGGUACAUGGAUCCGAUGUCCCCGCAACCGGGAAGUAACGGCGACAUCGGCGACAAACGAAUGGAUCUGAUCGAGCCGUCGUGCGACGAGCUGCGCGCCAUGUGGAGGUAUACCAAGAGGCAGAGCAGAGCAGCCAAGGGUAGCGGGUAUCCCAUGUAUCACGAUCCAGGAUUAGUCAAGAUGUGGCAGAAAUAUUCCGAUCGUACCAAAGCUGGCACGAUAUAUCGAGGGAAAUUUCCCGGGCAAGCUCGCAGCCGGGCGGCCGGAGGUGCGCCGAUUUACGGAAAAAUGGUGCACAAGGCCCCGGCAGGGAGCAGGCUGCGGAACGGGAUGCGACCACGCCCUAGGACUUUGGAGGACAUGAAGCUCUUUGGGACCGUGAAUCGUUACAUACCGUCAAACAGGCCACGCGUCAACUUCCGCGUCGGUGGCAUCUCGUCUCCUCAGGCCGGCAGUUUCGAAGCGCUUAAGAACCUCAUCCAGGCCGAAAGAGCACGUGAGCUGCGGAAGCAGCAUAUCGAAGAAAUGGUAGCGGAAGCUGCUUUGAAAGAAAGAGUGGCAGAAGAAGAGGAGCAGGAAGCGAACAUACAACAAUCGCGAGGACAUUUCUCUAACCCAAUACCACCCUUACAAAUACCAAAAGAAUAUUACGACUACAACAAUCGACGUUACAUGUCAAACGUACCCAACAACGGUCAAGCUUGGUCGAGGAACUGGCUUCACGGACAAUAUUUGGGGCGUUAGUAUGCUGCGAACUGUUGCAAGGAAACGGUACAAAUCCGAAAACUGCCGCAUGCAUACUAGUGUUUGUGAGCGCUCCGCACGGUGAAUGCAGCCACAGUUGCAGCUAUCAGCAAAAUUACGACUGCGAGAACACGAGCAAGAUUCAUUUCGAAGAUUACGCGUUUCGACGAUCCAAGGCGGGUCCUGACCCCCUGUGCAAACUUUUAAGUCUUUGUGUUGACAAUGUAAGUGCAGUUAGACAAGCGCGUUUUAACCUGAUGUCUGCCAAUAUCGCGGGAGUUUUGUAAACACGCGAGAGGCGCAAUUUCUUACUCUUCUUCCCCGGUCCACUGAAAAUUUCAAGAUAAGCGAGUUAUGAGAGAGGACAUGAACAUUGAAAUGAAUUCAGUAGCACAUAUUGGGUUAAAAGCGUCGUAAAAAUGCCUCCUCCUAGAAUGUAUCCGGAUACCGCAUUCAUAUCUCUAAUGCGGAUAGGAUUUGACGUGCACGAGAUAAACAUUGAUUUAUACAUCGAGUCGAUUCGAUUGAAGAUGCGCAUGCACCUCGUCGAACGACGCACCGUAUAUUUGGACUGUCCGAUUCACUCUUUCGUGGAUCUCAGCAUCUUUUCGCGUUGGAAACUUGUAACACAUAAAAAAGAAAAAGAGAGUAUAAAGUCAGGAUAGAUUUCCUACGUCUACACGCGACAACUGUUUGGCCUCGGAACAGGUUUGGGAACAAAGAGCAAAUUCUCCUGCAUUGCAUUCCCAUGCAAUCGUUUUCGCGAUAUCUUUAACUACAAAUUUCUACGAAGAAACUACAAGUUUCAAAAUUCGACUUCAAAUCCGAAAUUAAAAAUUACAAUUUCUUAAAGCUUCGCUUUAAAUGCAUCAAACAUGAUCGAGGUCUCUUUAACCGUAUAAAAUAUUUUAUUUAAAUAAAUUUAAGGGGGGAUAUAUAUAUAUAUAUAUAUAUAUAUAUUGCUCGUAUAGACUCUAAAAAAAGUCUAAAAUAAUAUAAAAUACAGUAAAUAAAUUAUGAAAAUUUGAUGUUAAAGUAAAAAUAUUAUUAUUCAACUGUAUCAUACUUUAUCGUAUAUAAGAUAAAAUAAAGAUUCAAGACUUGUAGGACAGGUAAUACUCAUUAUACUGAGUAAAAGAUGUUAGUAAACAUAAAUCGAAAAAUUUUUAAAUUCUUAUUUAACUCUUUAAAACUUUUUAAAAUUUAUAAGUAUUUUUCGCAAAUAUUUGUGUGCUUCCAUUAAUUACGUGUGCUGAAUGAACGAACCAGUAUAUUGCCAUAUUAUUACUUUGUUAUUAUUUCAAUGAACUAAACAUUAGAAAUACGCUAAUAUUUCUAUUUUCUACACAAAAAUAUAUGAUAUCUGGGUGUUUAUAAAAAGAAGGAUUCGAAACUUACUAAGUGGAUAGUAGAUACUUAUUAUACUGAAUAAAAAAUAUUUAAUAAAUAUAGGUCGAAAAAUCAACCCUUUCCGAAUUACAAAUGCUUUUCGGUUUUGGUAACGCAAGUUAUUUGUGUGCUUCCAUUGAUCACGCGCUGUCAAUAAACAAACGAAUAUCUUACCAUAUUAUUACUUUGAUGUUUUACAAAAGGUGUUUACGUGUCCUCUUUCCAAAAUCUCUGGUCUUCUUCGAACCAGUUUCGUUUCUACACAGUAAUAUUUACGUUAUCAUGCUUAGUCAUUUGUUUUCUUAUAAUCAGUAAUCGCGCGCAGUGUGUCAAGAGACGCGCUAACAAGAAUUCUCUCAAUUAUAUCGGUUUAUUAUUCUAAUCGGAAAUUAACCAGAUGCGCACUUCAUGUCUUGCUAAUAGGAAUAUUCUAACUGCACAACGUCUCUAUCCAAAUUGGAAAAUCGAAAAAUUCCAUCUCUCACGCUGUUCCAAAAGUUUCAUCAAUGACUAGAAGACAUGAAUGAAAGACACGUAGAACGUUUUUUAUAAACAUUGAAGUAAUAAUUAAGUAAUAUAGUAAUAUACUCGUUUGUUCAUUCAGCACACGUAAUUAAUGGAAGCACACAAAUAUUUGCGUUACCAAAACUAAAAAAUACUUAUAAGUUUGAUUUUCUGACCUAUGUUCACUAAACAUCUUUCAUUCAGUAUAAUAAGUAUUAUCUAUCCUGUAAGUCUUGAGUUUUUAUGUUUUAAUAUCUUAUAUAUGUAUGAUACAGUUGAUAACAAUAUAUUUUUACUUCAACAUCAAAUUUUCAUAAUUUAUUUACUAUAUUUUAUAUCAUUUCAGACUUUUUAAAACUUUUAUCUCUGAACCACAAUAAAAUUUUGAAUACUUAAAGUGCAUAUAUACAAAAAUCAAAAUUUUUUAAAAUCUUGUAUCUUUGUAUAUAUACAAAAAUCAGUAUUUUUUAAUUAUCUUUCCUCUACUAAAAAUAGCAACAUUGUAUAUGUUCAUAACAGCACGGUUUAAAAUAAGCUCUUCUAAAUAAUAGGAUAGUAUCAAAUAACGUAUUAAUGACGUAUUAUUGACAUUAAAGACGACAUUAAUGCGUUAUUAAAACAUUAUUUCACAUAAUCAUGUUUGCUAUAAACUUACACUUCAAAGUGGAAUAACUUUUGAGAUUCAGACUCUGAAUCAAUAUCAAAUUAGUUGUGACAACUUUUAAAUGCAACACAGAAUAAUCUCUAACUUUUUCAAAAUCUUUUCAUUAUUUUUAUUAAUAUGGGUAAUGCACUUUCACAGAUAACUGGAACUUACACCAAAUUCUAUCUUGAUUAAAAAAAGAAUUAUUCCAACCUUUUCUCACUUUAAAAAAACUGUUGCAGUCUGUUGUAAAUAAUAAAUUGGAUUUCGAAAGUAUGUCGCUACCAGAAAAUCGCCACUCAAACGUUCCGCGAAUAAUCCCAAAGCUUAAACACAAUUCAACGUGCAGUUGCACGGAUUGGGUCGCGCAUCGCAGCUUCCACGUGCGGAGUGUUAGUUCCGCUUGGAAAUCAAUCAACUGCUUGAUAUAUUAUCGAGUGCAUACUGCGCGCAAUAACUUAAUUCGAGACAUUCGAAAUAUAAUUUGACGUAAAAAAUCUCUGGUCUUCUUCGAACCAGUUUGUUGUUGUUGUUCACGUUGCUAAUUUAACAUUUUAAAAUAUCGUUUCUGUUGUGUUCAGUGUUACGAGCCCGGAAUUUAAAUCCGAGAAUAAUGACCGAAUAAUCAGUCUACGCGUGUAGAAUGAAAUCGCGAAACUCGUGGGAUUUAAUAAACAGCAGCUUAAUUUCGCGAAAUGUCAUUACGAUCCACUUGCCGCACGAUUUAAACGCAUUGCGGAAUAUAUUCUCGGGGAUAUUUGCAUGCGUGAACAUUCCCAACUGUUCCCCCCAGCCAAACAGAAUGCCGUGUGUCCCGGCUCUUCUCCACACAAAUACACGACGUUUCAAAACAGUAUAUACUUGGACAAUAAACUAGUAAGACUUAUAUAUCUAAAGAGAAAUUUUGACAUUGUACAUUAAUUUAAGAGACUCUAGUAUAUUCUUCGAUGAUCCAUCACAAGUGCGCUGUAUUGGUGCACGAGACACAUUGGAACUGUACGAAAGACAAUAAUUAUUCUUAAGAAAGAGUUUGUGCGUACAAUACUUCUGUGUUCUUACUAUGGAUACACGACACUAUAUUGUGGUAAAAAAGAAAAAAAGGAAAAAAAAGAAAAAAGGAACGAAGGAAGAUCAUUUCUGACGUCUCACAAGUUGAGAUUAUAUUGACGAAUGCUUUCUCGCGAGAAAUCACUAACGCUAGUUGUACAUGCAGGCGACGUUACAUCUUGACCCUUAAAUGUUUCCAAUGUUUCAAUCGCAGUAAUGCGUACGAAAAUUGACAUAAAUGUGCCGCUUGUUAUUGUCUUAAACACGAUAUCGAUAAUGUGAAUUCGUCGUAUGCAUUCUAGAAUAUUUUACACGUAAAACCUAUCGAGAAAUAUCUUCAUUGGAUUUGCAGUUUUGCCUUCCCUGACUAACGGUAUAUACUGCAGUGACAAAUAUCGAUCAAACACUUAAGGGUUAAGGAGUGCACCUUAAACGACAAUAAAUGUAAACGUUUCUUGUAAUCCUGUUAAAAAAAAAAAACUUGAGAUCGCGUAGGAUGACUAUUCGUGUGGCUUAUAUUUCGUGACACUUAUGCUGAAGAAAUAAUCACUCUCGGUGCUUUUGUAGCUCGUACAAAAGAUAUAAAUACGUGAGACAGACCUGGAUAUAUAAUUAUUAUACAUAUAAUAAUUUGAUAUUAAACAACGGCCCCGACUGGAAAAACUUUAUACAUAUAUAUUUGAAAAAAUACAACAUACACAUGCAUAUAUAUACACACAUCUAUGUGCAAAUAUAUAUUAUAUACACAACACACACAUAAACACACAAAUAUGUAGACAUAUCUUACGAAUUCCCCCUUGACUCGCGCCUUCUCUUCAGGUUUUCGAUGAAUUUUGACAAAUACUAGUCGAUGAAAUAGUAUUUAAUCCAUGUCAUUAAAAUAUUAAGUAUAUAUUUAUAUUAUAUUGCGAAAUAUUCUAUGGUCACAUAUUCUUUGCAAUAGCCAUGACAAAUUUAUAUAUUAUAAUUUAGAGCAGUAUUCAUACUUACCAAUUAUUUGCAUUAUUAAUUGAAAGCAAAAUAAAUUGCUGAUUCGCAUUCGCAGACUGUGAUUCAGCUAUUUGGAUCAAUACUUCUUGUAUAAAAUAUGUAUAGAUUGGCAGAUAUAAGAGAUUUAUAAAGCUAUGAUUAUUUAUUAAAUAAUGACAGAGAGUAGACAUAAAUACUGACUCGCGAAUGUAUCUUUAAUUUAAUUCGUAAUUUGUAUCACAUUCUUGACGAGAGAUUGAUGCUAUCAUUAAGUUUCCGGAAGAAAAGCGCAUAUAGAACAAUAACAUUAACGCAAGGAGUUAGAAAAUUUUAACGAAUAAAAUCCGACUGAUCAUUUAACCGAUACAAAGUGAAUUUUUUCCUAGCAAAAAGAAUGUAAUUUAUAAUUAUCGAAAUCUGUAAUAUCGGAGAUUACACGAGGCAUAUAACAACUAGAGAUAAUAUUUUCGCUAAGAAAAUCCAUUUUUCGAAGAUUCUAUUCUUCUUCGAUCCUAUGGAAUGAAAUAUACUACUAUGUAUUGAUAUAUACAGGGUGGCCCAUACUACUCUUUACAGCUUAUCUAAAAAAUUAAGAAAAAUAUGAAAGUGAUUCCAACAAAAAUUGUAGGAUAUUGAGGGAGAAAAAAUAGUAAUAUUUAUUUAAUUUUAAAAUGACGUUAAAAAUCCCUGUUCAGCGCACGCGCACGCGCUUAAUUUUAAUUUUUUAAAUGAAAUCAUAUUGCUUAUUUGGGAUAAUCUGAUUCCUCUGGUCAUCCUGCAUACAAAAGUAUUAGGAUAAAAUCACAAAAAAGUGAAUAAUUUCUGCAUUAUUUUAUAUUUCAUUUUGUUAUUUUUCUUGUAAAUUAUUCACUUUUCAAUCACUUCAUCUGAAUUCUUUUAUACAUGAAAUGACCGGUAAAAUCGAUUGUUGUAAAAAAACAGGGUUUUUCAAAGUAAUUCCAAGGUUAAAUAAAUAUUACUAUCUUUUCCUCCUUCGAUAUCCUAUAGCUUUUGUUAGAAACAUUUUUUCAUAUCUUUCUAAAUUUUUUAGAUAUUGAGUUUGGAUAAAGAGUUAUGUGAGCUACCCUACAUACAUACAUAUACAUAUACACACACAUAUGUGUGUGUAUGUGUGUAUUCUUUGUGGCUCGUGUGUGUUAUACCGAGCUAGCCAAAAUCGGAUUACAUUAAGGUUCUAUCGAAGCAAAAAAGAAAGGAAAAAAAAGAGAAACAAUCAAACCGACUCGUCUUUCUCGCUUGCCCGAAACACGAAUCAAGUCGGCUCAAUUCACAUAAUUCUGUAGGGAAUUACGAAUUAUUGACUUGACAAACAUUUGUAAGAGCUCGAUUUCUCUCUUCGAGAUCGACGUCUACGGUUCACGUCCGUGACUUCACGCAACUCUUCGAGAAAGGCUGUUACUUACAGUACUCGAUCAUUAGACCGUUAUUUUAAAGUACCGUCGUUUAGGCUGAGGUUCUUAGAGUUGAGACCCAGUGCCUGAUACUACAAAACUAGAGACUGGUCGGAUAAUCUCGAGACUAAGGCUCGAGCGAGCUGUAAACUGAAGCUUGUAAGCUGCAUUACUCUCGAAUAAUCUCGAAUGUACCUGCUUUAUGUAUUUUCGUUUUGCAGCGCAAGCAUCAACACGAAAUAACGAACGGCGACCACCCUCCGCAUCUCUUCAAUUACUGUGAAAAUUGUUGUAACGUAAUGUCAAUCAAUAAUCAAUUUGAGAGCGUUUGAAACCGGAAAUAUGACAGCAUCGCUGUGAUCGCAAAUAUCCGGUAAUAGAUUACCGUGCAAUUUAUACAAGCAAGACAAAAGUUUACAAAUUACAGAAUAUAUAAGAGAAAAUAAGUGUUUACAGCCGCUCGAGCUCCUUCUCACCGAACACUUGAAACCUCACACUGUGUAUAUGUGUGCUUAUCUAUAUUUUAUUAUUAGAUAAUAAAAGUUGCCAAAUACAUAAAUGACAAUAAAUUAAUCAUAGGUGAUAUUUUAAGUGAAAUGAGAGGUAACAGUUAAGUACCCGUUGCAUUCUCUGUAAUUAAAAUGAAAGACUUGCAUAUUGUUUAAGAUAUAUAAGUGUCGCUCCUAUGCGUAUAUAGCUGGCAUGCACACCGGAUCCUCGUGCAUUUAUCCGAUGAAUUAACGAGACGAUAUUACCUUAUCGCCGAUACUUGAUCUAGAAACCUUAAAUAUUAUUAUAAUAUCAAUUAUGUCUAUUGAUAAUUAUAGAAGACUUCAAGCUAAAACGACAGACAAUAAUUAAUGGUAAAAUAUAUUUAAUAUUAAAGAUCUAGAAUUAAGGCAGACGAAAAGAGAGAAAAAAGAAGAGAGAGACAGAAACAGAGAGACGGAAAGAAAGAGAGAGAGAGACAGAGAAAAAGAGAAAAAAAGAGAGGAAAAAAGAAUAGGAAAACUGGACGUAUCUACGAUAAAUGUACACUCUUGCUUAUUCCGGCACUUCUACAUAUCUAUCGCGAGCGUGUGUGGCUAAUUUUAACUUUAAGAUUUUAUUUUGUACGCGCGCCGUAUGUCCUCUACAUUAAGGCAACAUUUGAUUUUUGACAACGAUAAAGAUAUUUUGCAACAAAACGAAUACCGUAGAGCACGAUAUAUCGAUCAUUGUUUAUGCUUUUUAUGCACUUUUAUAUAACGAUAUGUAAAGAUCUUUAGUAGUCGUUAUCUGCGCACGCGUCUCGACAAAUUAAUUAUCGCGCGACUAUGUCAUUUACAAGAAAGACUCAAUUGCGAGAUCGCCAGGGUGUAACCAGCGCUCAUAUACGAAAUGUGUAUUAAUUCUAGAAAUGUACUGUAUCUAUAUCGACAACAAUGCUUACACGUGAACAAAUCGCAGCCGUUAAACUGACGAAAGAUUUACUUUGUAAAUUAAACAUGAUAGUAAUCUAAUUAAUGUAUAGAUUUACAUCUAAUGGAAAAAACACCUCGUAGUCGCGAUUCCCCCCUGAUGAUGAUUUUUUGCGAAUUCUACAACGUAAAAAUAUAUACCGAAGAGCGACUGAAUAAUUUCGUUGAAACCGUCGCUUGUUACCGCAUAAAAAUUAGCUUAUUAAAGAAAAACGUGUGGUAUAAGUUAAUUAUUCAGACUAAUCGUUAUAUAUCGAGAUGUAUAAUUGUAAAAACAUUGCGUUCAAAGAAUUAAAAAGAAAACCGCAUUAUGCGUAGACGAUGCUAAUUUAAAUAUAUAGGUUGUCUCUCUCGCGCAAGCAUCGCGCAUAUUUUCUGCCGAUUAUUGGUUGACAAUAACACAAUUGAUUUGAACAAAAAUCUUAGAAACACUAUGCUAUGUACAUAUUAAUUUUUAACAUUGAAUACGCUAUAAUAAUUAAACUCAAAUCAAUAUCUCGUUGCGAUAAAAACUCCAUUUAAAAUCAAGGAAAAUAUUCUAUAAUUCAUUAUCUGAAUUCGUAAACUUACCUUUAUUCAAAUCGUCACGUUGAUUUCUAUUUUUUUUCAAUUCUACAGAUAUAUCAACCCAGUAAACACAAAGUGUCAUCCAUAUUACAGUGUCAGCUUCAUUAUAUAUUAUGUAUACUAUUACUUUGUUAUAUAACAAAGUAACAGUUACGUAAUAUAUCAUGUGAUUGAGCUGACAUUGUAACAUCGAUGAUACUUUGUGUUUACUGGAAAUAUAUCAAUAUUGGAGCAGCAGUCUUCCUUUAAAUUUAACUUCUGUAAUAUCUGUAAUGUUUGAAGAGAGUGCGCGAUGCUGACAGAUCCUGUAUAUGUAUACUACAUAUUAUAGUGAGCGUUCCAUACGUACGUGUACACUAUUGAAUUAUAUUUUAUUUUUAAAUAUAUGUCUCUCAUCUCAAAAAGAAAAAUAUGUUAUAUUUCCUUUCACCUGGCCACCUUCAAAAUAAUACAAAUAAGAAACAUGAUGAUAUAAAUUCUUUUGAUGUAUCCAAUUCCAAAAUCCAAUUUCAUAUCCAAUUAAACAAAUCACCAAAUUUAUAUAAAUUCCAUGUACUCGUAAAGAAAUACAUAACUCUCUCACAUUACCUAAAAAUAUUUAUCAUAUUUAUAUCGUACAUAUAUUAUAUUAUUUUUCAUUUAAUUAUAUUCCAUAAAUGUCUCCAUUAUGCUGCAGCCAGCUGGUGUAGAAUUUGAAUUAUUUUUUCUAAA